AUGUCGGAUCAAGAGCGCUUGUUGAGCUUGCUGAAGAAAGAAGUGAGGUCAUUGCUGAUAGCAGCCAAAGGCGGCCUCACCCCUGGCGAGUUAGAGAAAGAAUACAGGUCGAUGAUAGGCGAACAACUUCCAUUUCGUGCACUGGGUUACCAAUCUACCAUGGAACUGGUGAUGGACAUGCCUGAUGUUGUUAAACUGUGCCGUGGAAGAGAUGGCAGUGUUGUCCUCAAAGCUAUUGCAGAUGAGUCCACUGUGGGGAUUGCAAGCUUGGUUGCCAGACAGAAGGUCAAAGCUAAAUCACACCUUCCCAGACUGAGGCAAAAAAUCUCUCUCGGAUAUGCAUCUCGCCCUGACUGGCCUCGGCAGACCCAGAUGCCUCAACACUUACCUCGGCGUGGCCGUGUCCCCCCAACCCUACCAGCUGUAGUAAAGAGUCAACUGAAGGAACUUUUGAGGUCUUCCCCAGUCCUGCUGUCCGAUUUUAACAAAGCCUUUGCUCAUCACUUUGGGCGGAACUUUGAAUUUCUGCAUUACGGAUUCUUCUCUUUUUCUGAGGUGCUAAACGUGGCCUCUGAUAUUAUCACAGUCACGCAGACGAGAGCAGGUUCCUUGUUGACCCUAAAAAAGAGCCCCUCGCUUAAGAAAGAACCGGAAAAGCUGCCUCAGUUGGUGAUUCAACCUAACAAUGUGAAGCAGACCCUGCCACCUAUUGGGUCAGCUCCUACGGUGGAUAGACAUUCUCGGGCACCCAGCCAGCCUACCCUGCCACUGGUUAGGUCAGCUCCUACAGUGGAUACAUGUUCUCCAGCACCCAGCCUUCCUACACAGAACCAAAACCAGACUCCAAGCCAGCAAUCUAAUACUUCAGUAGUGCAGUCGAAACCAGAGGAAACCCCAGUGGUGAAGUGCGAUAAGAUGAAGCAGCUGCAGAAACAGAUGAAAACGGUACUUGCCCAGAGAGGACCUGGAGGAACAGUCAGCUCAGAACUCAAGGAAAAAAUCAAAACAGUAAGUCUUCAAAGAUCGCCCCCAGAUGUGCUUUGUUGUAACUUUUUGUUUUCCCAUUAGGCUCAUUUUAAAGAAAUUUUGCCACUGAGAGAGUUGGGUUUCUUAACUGUGAUGGAGCUUGUUGGUGCCCUUAGCGAUGUUCUUCAUAUUGAGUGCAAAGAAGGGGAACAAGAAUGGCGCAUCUUUGACAUAAAUUCACAUUGCUUAGCAGAUAGCAAGAAGAUACUCGAUGAUGAUGAGAGUGAUCAGGAGAUCUCCCUGUCUGGUUCACUGGCACAUGAGGAAGAUUCUGAUAAGUAUGAGCUGCCCUGUUGGGAUUCUCCUUCUGAGGGGUCGAAGAAUCUGGAAGCUAAGCUUAAUGUAGUGACAAAGAUUGUGAAACCGCACCUGGCUCUGGAAGAGCCUCAUAUAAUGCAGGAGAUAAUGCAUGAAGAAAUCCCACCAGAUGCUGUCCAGGACAGGCGCCUCCAUUACCUCCCUCAGCUGGAGAGCGCUACUUUGGUGGGGGUGUCUGUGGAGUAUGUGGUCUCUCCUUCUCAGUUCCAUGUCCAAUUUUAUGGUGCAGAAACGUCUGAGAAACUGGAAGAUAUGAUGGUUGAAAUGAGACGAUGCUAUGCUAGUAAAAAUGUAGCUGACCGUUAUGUCAUGCCUGAAGCCUCAGUCAAGCCUGGCCAUCUUUGUUGCGUAAGGAACUUACAAGACAAGUGGUGGUACCGAGGUGUCAUCCAUCGUGUCUGCAGUGACCAGGAAGUGGAAGUGUUUUACCUAGACUUCGGAAACAUGGGGAUAGUCUCAAAAUCUCAUCUGAGGUUUCUCAAGGACUGCUAUGCAGAUCUUCCUGCCCAGGCUGUACCUUGUUGCUUGGCCCAGAUGACACCUGCAAAGGGCGAUUGGACUUCUGAUGCCAUACUUGAAUUCCAAAGGCUGUGUGAAUUAAAGCUGCUGGUGGGAGUGGUGGAUGAAUACAUAGAUGGCGUCCUUCAUCUGUUCCUUUGUGACACCAGCUCUGAUGAAGAUAUCUACUUUCACGAUGUAUUGAGAUUAGGAGGCCAUGCAGUCUUCUGCAGACAGAACAUUCCUUCCAAGGGCUUCAGAGAGUUGAAUCCUUCCUCUUUAUAUCUGAAGCCCAGUCCAGAGCCAAAGGUUGGUUUGGAAAAGGCAGAUGCUUCCCUGUUUCUUCAGGGCCCUCCAGGAACACCCUCUUCAGAACCUUGCAAAAAUGAAGUCCAUUUCCAGGAUACAGCCAGCCCGUGUUCAGUCCCGGAGAUGCCAUAUCUGGAGCCUGUCUAUUUAUGCACAGAAAUCUGGGAUGAGGACUGGAUACCUCUCUUGUCUGUGGGAGAAGAAGAAAAAGAAGACAGUACCUGCGAUAAUUCAUGCUCAGACGUUGCAGUGUUCCCCAGCCAAACUUGUAUCACCGAAGGGGGAAAUGAGACCCAGCAUAGCCAAGAACUGGAGCAACAGACAGCUGAACCUCCUGGAAGUGCAACUGAUUGCUUGUCACAGGCCCUGGAGGAGUUUUACAUCUCCAUCGUUCAUUCCCAGCAGUCUACAGACCCGAGUCAGAUUGCCCUCGAUGCAAACGAACUGUUUGCCUGCAACUCCACGCCUCUUCCAGAAUUGCCCGCCUCCCCUGUCGACAGAUGCAGUGGAGAAGUGCCUUCCAAGCAGAAAGAGGACGAUGCCUCCAGGAUGCAACUUGUUGCCUUAUCCACUCCCAGACCCUGCCGUGUCCAAGGAGAGACAGAUCCCAACAAUGCCUUGGUGUUCACUGCUGAACUUCAGGGCUCCCCGGUAUUCUUUAUCCCUUACAGCCCUUCUGCAGCCUUGGGGGCCUCUGCCCGGCUAGUCACGUCGGGUGGCUAUUUCUCCCACAGCCGGAGGAAGUUGAAUCCGUGA